AUGGCUGCAGUCUUUAUUGAAACCAUAUUUUUUUUUUUGUCCUUUGCAAGAGUCCUUCCAGUGGUUGGCUUCGGGUCAAGGGCCCAGUCAGCCGGACUUGUGGAGAUUGCCGUCAGGCUGUGCUUGAACCAGCGUAAACAACUGUGUCCUCACGUUUGGGUUCCCAUCCUGAAACCUCAGCGGCCGUGUCUCCGUGCUCAGGUGUCAGAUCAGCUGCCCUCUGACAUCCUGAGUCAAGCUUACCCAGCCCUCCCUUUUCUGUCCUUUCUGGAUGACGACGACUUUGACGAUGAUGUUUUGAUCCCAAUUAAGAAUAAACAUGUGGUAUUCGCUGACUCGAGAGGAUUGUCCCUGACAGCUGUGCGAGAGUUUUCCGAUGAAGAGGAGCAGUCCGACCUCAACCUCCUGCCGUCACUGCCUGACAUGGGAAGCAUGACAGCGAACAGCUACAGCUGCACCGUCAGCACGUGUUGCCCAGGGACACGGCUCAAAUUGGGCUUCCCGCAACCCUCUGCAGAUUUCCAGGCCUUCCGGGCCAAGCUGGCAGAGAGCAUGGUUACCCUGGAGAACUGCAGUGUCACAGAACAGGCCCUCCAAGGUACUGUUCGAAUCAGGAACCUCAGCUUCCAGAAGGAUGUGCGUGUGCGCAUCACCUUUGACUCCUGGCAGAGCUACAAAGACGUGCCCUGUACGUACCUGCAGAAACGAUUCGGAGGACCACAGACGGACAUCUUUGAGUUUGACAUUGCCAUUCCUAAAGUGCUGGAUGCCAAAAGGAAGAUAGAGUUCUGUUUAUAUUAUUCACCUGGAGGGCAGAGCAAACCUUUUUGGGACAAUAACGAUGGACAGAAUUACAGCAUUGCAGUGUGUUUGAGCUCACAUCUCUGUUGUGGGAAGGGUCUAAGUGAAAGGGCAUGA